UUCUGUCCGAAAAUUGAUUAUUUUUUUUUCUUGUUAUUUGGAAUAUGUUCGCAGUUCUUGAAUGGCCAUGGAAACUAGUAAUAAUACUUCGUAUGUCAACCUGAGUGGUUCCUCGGAGUGCAUUCCAUGGCUUGCUGCUACUAUCACUGGAUGUCUGGCCGUUGUCAUCCUAAAUUUCUUCACCAUUAUUGUGUUUGUGAUGCAGCGCCAUCUGCAGCGCCCGGGUACAUACUUGAUCAUCCAUAUGGCCAUAGUCGAUCUCUUGGUUGGAGCAGUUUCGGGUCCAGUGACUGUUAAUCAUCUUCUGGGGCUCUAUUGUGAUUUAUGGAAGCGAACUGACACGGUUUAUCCAUUGGUUAAUUUGUUUCCCAUAACCUCUCUUGUAAAUCUCGCUGUUAUUUCUUUAGAAAGAAUGCAUGCCACAAUCUUUCCCUUUGAACAUCGCGUGAUUAAGAAAAGGGUUUACGGAAUGACAGUUGCCGCUAUUUGGUUUCUAACUUCAUCGAGGGAAACUGUUCAAGUUGUUUUAUACAAAACACAAGGAUAUUCUCAUCUUACGAUGUCAUUCUCAACAAUUACCGUAGUGUCAUUUUGGUCACUUUCCCUAAUUUUGAUUUGUGUCUCUUAUAUUUCCAUUUUUAUCAAAGUUCGAUUCAGUCCCAAUCCUCAACAUCAUGGUGCAACCGACAGAGAGAGAAAGCUGACCGCCACCAUAUUAAUUGCAACGCUUGCAUCUUUGCUGACGUGGUUUCCAGUUACAGUUGUCAGAAUAGUUGAAUAUUGGCAUGAAGGUGUUCUCUUACGCUGGUACACUCAACGGUCCAUGUUUCACAUAGAAAUGACACUAGCGGCUUUAGUUGGCGCUAAUUCCUUGGCAAAUCCUAUUGUAUAUGCCAUAAGGAUGCCAGAAUUUAGGGCAGGUUUUGUCAAAAUGUUCCGCAGAACCCCGAGCACUACAUAA